CGUGAAGAUAAGAGAUAAGAUGAUUUCACUCCGCAGGCCCUCGUUCUUUUUAUUUUCCUGGCCAUCUAGAACUGCACUGACUGUCCUGCAGAGGCAGUCCAUGGUACGAUUGCUGCAGCUAUCUGCUCCAGGUGAGCAACUCCGGCGUCAUGCCUCUCGAUACCCUCGCAACCUACUCGCAAACUCUGCUACGACAAGAUGGUCGACGAUGGAAUGAGCUCCGCAGAAUCACUGCCUCAAUAUCAACACAGCCGUCUAGUGAUGGCAGCAGCUUGCUGACCAUGGGCAACACCAUGGUGCUGUGCACUGUGACGGGUCCAAGAGAAGGUCGUGGUCAACGAGACAAUAACAAUGCUAUCAUUGAGACCGAAAUCAACGUCGCACCUUUCGCACAGAUGGACCGCCGGCGACGAAAUCGAAACGACAAGCGUACACAAGAACUCCAGACCACAAUCUCCAAUGCGUUCCAGAGUCAUCUUUUCACACACUUAUAUCCGCGAUCCACCAUCUCCAUAACCCUGCAUGUCCUCAGCUUAGACGGCGCUCUGCUGGUCGCAUGUCUCAACGCCGCGAGCCUUGCCCUUGUCGACGCCGGUGUUCCAAUGCCUUCAAUACUUGCAGCCAUCUCGAGCGGAAGUAUCACACCUACGGACGACUCUUCAGCAAAGCCCGAGCCUAUUCUCGACCUAAACAAUGCCGAGGAGCUAGAAUUGCCUUUCCUAUCGAUUGCAACUGUGACUGGCCAACAAGGAAUGGAAGACAGGGUUUCUGUCUUGAUGAUGGAAACACGCUGCCAAAUUGGUGGAGCGAACAGCAAAAUGGAGAGUAUGUUAGCGACAGGUGUGGAUGGAUGCAAGCAAGUAAGGCGCAAGAUGGAGGAAGUCAUCAGAAAACAUGGCGCAAAAAUAAUGCAGAACAGAAAGUAGUUUUGGGCAGAUGAAGCUUUUCAAAUACCCUGACUGACGUGGUGGAUGUACUGCAUCAGCUCAAGGGCGAUCCAAGCGCGGCGGUCGUCAUGUCCAGAUGCACGAUGGGGCCAUAUGACCUGGCACCUGCAUCAAGGGUAACUAUGGCGUUGC